AUGGUCGUCGUACCGGUCUUCUUCGAAUAUUCCUUCGAGGCAGAGCGAUGGAUCUUUGUUUUCAUGACCAAUUUUUCACUCUUCGGUCUGCUCGUAAACCUCUUCGGAUUGUAUGCGAUAGCUUUCUGCACGCCAAGCUCGAUGCGGACCCUUGGUUGGAUAAUGACGGGCUAUCAGAUGCUGUCAACAACCACCGAUUUCAUAAUUGGAGCCGGGAUUGGCCCGGUGCUGUUUUUGCCAAUAUUUGGCGGCAUCACAACGGGCUGGUUGGGGAAAAUUGGCGUAACGACGAUCAUACAACUUACGGCGGCCUUUUGUCUGUUUCUUCAUGUCGUUGCCUUGAUUGUGGCAAUGUUCUUACACAGAUAUUUUGCGAUCCUUCCGCAGAACCAUUCGCUAAAGCUUGGUUUUUGGAACACAAUAACCUUUUUUACCGUUCUUCAAGUGAUGCCGUAUGUUCAGUUCAUUCCCUUGUACACAUAUUCUUGGUCCAACACUGACAUGACCGAGAACAACUCUGCCGGCAUGACACAUAGCUGUGUUUCCGCUAUUAGCGGUGUCUCCUAUGUGUCAUGCCGGCAGAGAAGCAAUACUACGGGACUUUAUAUCCCUCGUUGCGAACCAUCAUUGGCACCGAAGGCUUCCUGGCGU